GUACCACUUAUCAUUAAUGCCACGACAUAAGCGAUUGCGAUGCUAGUCGUGGUUGGUGGUACCACUUAGAGUGCCAUUUCACGUUGGACUGAAAAUUAAAUUUCAGGACAAAAGAGGCAAGUACGUACUAGAGACAGAUGAACUAAAAAAACACCUCCAUAACGGCCUUGUAAACUUCAUUCUAGUUCUUGGCGCGUGAAGAUCUCUGCUCGACGGCGAAGUGGUGCUGGUGGUGGUUGCCUUCGUUUUUACUUCUCGGAAUAGCAGAUAGAAGAGACUAAAAAGUCCGAAUCAGAAUCAGUCAUAGUCUUUCUGAACGUGUCACUUCUGCUUUUUUUCGAUUGACCAGCAUCGCACAACGUGCACAAACACGAUGCGGCGUAGCGUCGGUCUGGUGCUCCUCGCCGUGGCCGCAUCGGGGGUGGAGAUCGCCAAGAAGCACCACAAGAAGCACCACCACCACAAAAAGCACCACAAGAAGGCACAGGCGGUGGCGCUGGUACUAAAGUAUGGCAACUCGUGAUCACUAUCUCCGAAGGGGACGACCUAGAUGCAAUAGCAAUUCAUCUAGAGUUUUUCUCAUGGCUGAGUCGUGUUGCACAUUAUCACUAAGACUAAAAAAGCUGCAGCUCGUCUAGGUGUUUGAGGACAAGACGAACUACUUCGCUACUAGUCAGCAAUGCUCCACCCUGUUGCGCGUACGUAAGAGGUUCUUGUUGUGCACGGCCUUGAAAAAAUAAGAAAACCAUAACACAGCACGCCAUCACAAAGUCCACCAUCGAAGGGAAAAGUAGUGCGAAGCAAGCGCCCCCGCCUCCGCCCGCCGCCGCGGGUCCACCACCGCCCGCGCCCAAAGCGCCCGCGCCGGAGCAGGUGCCGUCCGCCGAGCAGCAGAUCAUGGGCAAAAUGAAGCAGCUGGAGGACAAGUUGGAGCACUCCGCAUCUAUCAAAUGUAAAAAUGUCUGUGUCUGGAAACUUGUGAUGCUAAAAUGUGCAUGAUGAAAACACUUCCGAAUGCAGUCCGGCAUGACAACUUCCCAAAACGCUUUCUCAUAGGCAAUCCGCAUGAGAAACUGCGUUUUUGCAUGACAAAAGAGGCUGCGACUUUUGUUGGUUAUGCAGUACAGAUUUUCUAGGUAUGCUACUUCAAUUCAAUUCAAUGGAAAGCUAGCAUUACAAGUUCCAACCUUCCAGACCCAGACAUUUUUACAAUCCAUAGCAUCGCACAACGUGCAAAAUCGUGUGAUGAUGACGGGGAAGCUGGACGUGAACGGGCCCCUCCCCGCGGAUUUCAACGCCCUGUUCGCGCAGUCCGUGGCCAAAGCGACCAUGACCAGCGGACUCAAGUGUCCGGCGGCGGAGAUCAAAGUGCUGGAAACCAACUAUCAAAUGCAAAAAUGUCUGGGUCUGGAAGGUUGCCAGGUUUGUCAUGCAUAUUUUACAUGACUCAGGAUGUCUGUAAUGCAUGAUCUGGCAUCACAUAUUCGGAGAGGCCUUCCUGAUGCCUAUCCCGCAUGACAAAUGCCCUCCCCGCGUAGCACAAACUGGGCUCCUAUUGCUGGCCAUGCAAUACAGAUUUUUUUAGAGUCCAAAGGACUGAGGAUUGUUCCAUUUUCCCUUAGUAGCAUCGCCUCAGGCUUCCAGGCUUCCAAAGUUAGCAUCACAAGUUUCAACCUUCCAGACCCAGACAUUUUUACAGAUGAUAGCAACGUCCUGCAAACGUUUCUCCAAGUCACUACGGAAGUGGCAGAUCGGAAAGAAUUCUCAAAAUGAAAUUCAUUUUUUGCCAUGCAUAAGAUCAAUAGAAAUACACAGGAGCAUUGUAGUGGUUCGCAUUUACAUAUGCGUCGCCAUUUUUUCUAUCCGAUUUUGCAAUUUUCCGAUCUGACGCAUCCAUAGGCACGGCUAAGUCCGAUGUCCUGGUCGAGUUGGUGUUUCAGGGGCCAUAUGCUCUGCAAAAGUGCGGAAUCUCGUUGGAACUGCAGUUGUCCUGCAUCACAAAUAUCUUUCCCAACGACCUGAAUGAGCCCAAAUUUGGGAUCGGUUAUUAAUUUCCUACAACUGUUUUUACGUUGCUUUUGCAAUGCAUAGGCGGGCCCCUUGCGUAAACGCGGUUCAGCAACAGGCCGGCAUUCCCGACAGCCCGCUUGUCCGGGACACACCUCUGUACUCAUUUCUGGUCGCGAAGGAUGACCCGGCCGAGGCAGCGUCGGAGCCGCCGAAGAAGGUAAGUCAAAGUAACUACUUUUUAGCGAUCUGUCAUGUGCUGAAUGCGGAAAGAGAAGGACCAGCAAAAGGGGAUCUUUUGUCAUGCCGACGAAUCAACUACGUUGCAUAUUUGCUUCCAGCUUGCCCUUGCUCUGGCGUGUUUUGCCUAUUAUUACGAAUUUUCAAUCGCUUGGUUUGGGUAGCUAGUUGUACACGCAUGAUCCACGACGAGCUGAUGUUCUUUCAAACAGGACGACGUUGGGGUGGACAUCGACACUGAGAUACGUUUCCGCGCAGUCUCCCUCCGCGCCAAGUGGCCUUGUCCGUUGCUUGGCUCGGACCGCACGGCCAUGCAGCCCCUGGCACUUUUGCUGGGAUUUGUGGUUGCGGGGAUCCGGGUUGCCGACAUUGGUGCGUUGCCAGCGGCUUGGGUUCGGGGCCUGGGGCCAAUAGAAUUCGGACCGGGGCCAUAUUCUAUUUGGCCGGCUGGCCAUUUUGGCGCACGUGCGCGAUUUCUGGCGGGCCGGCCGAAUAGAAUAGGACAGGCGCCCCAAUUCUAUUGGCUGGGGGGGCCGCACGGGGAGGGGGGGCGGGGUUGGGUCUGGGGCGAGGUGGAAGCGAAGGGCGCGCCGCCCUUGUGUCUUGUGUGCAAUGUGCGUGGCGCGCCCCCUCCCGAUGGGCCCGCACCGGGUUCAUUGUGCCGCCGCACAGCCCCGCUGGCUGCCCGCCGACGAGGGGCCCAGUGCCAACGCAGCGGCGCCCCGGGGUAUUGUGGCUCCUGUGUCUUUGUCGUUUUGCCUCUUUGUGGUUGGAUGUGAAAGGCAGCGGGCACGAGCCGGCAAUUUGCAUGGGCAGCGUCCGGCAAAUGGGGUGGCUGUGUUGCCCGCUGCCGCUUGAUAGGCCCGGGGGCUAUUUUCGUGCGCGGGCCCACAGUUGUUGGAGUUGUGGCGGCCAGGGGGUUGUGAAUAUUUUGUUGGCCAUGCCGCUAAUUUACCGGGCAAUCUACGGCCCGAGGAUGCAUAUACCAGCUGGGCGGCCGCACUGCAGUUCAAUUUGGUGCGCCGUCAUGUCGCCCGGACAAGCGAAGGGGCGCGGCGUACCGCGCUCCAACAAUUGCUCGCGCAUUGGGGUUCUCCGGAUCUGCAUCAGCCCAAACAGUUUGGGUGGAGGGCCAAAAAAGCCAUAUCUAUUGGGGUUGCCACUACUGCGUUUUUGCAUUUUGUCCAAUCAUAAAACAGGACGACGUUGGGGUGGACAUCGACACUGAGAUGCCGUACGGCGAAUUGGAGCCCUACGCAUUGCAACUAUGUCUGAGUCUGGAACACUAAACUUGUGAUGCUAGUUCGUGAAACAAUGGUGGGCGCACUGCAAAAAUACGCAGUUCUUACGCGUGAGAAGUUUUUGAGCGCUUAUUUUUAUCGCCUUCCGCAUGGGUUACUGCAUCUUACUUUGCAUGACAGGCAAUAGGAUUAGGUGGUCUUUGUCCUGCUUAUGCAUUUACAGAUUUAAUAACAAGAGGAAGAGUCAUGUGUUGAGACAAGCAUGACAAAAUUGCAUUCUCCCAGACCGAGACAUAUUUGCAAUGCAUGAGCGGUUCGGCCGCGAGGACACGGCGCAGGAGUUAACCGAGGACUCCAUCAAGGAAUCGGAUGCGAUGGUGGACCAAAUCGAGCGGGCCCAGGUGGCGGAGGAAAAGCGGUCCGUGUUUCGUGCCUUGACCCGGUUGCGCGGCGCGGCCAUCAUAUCCUACAGAAAAGGACACCAGUACCAGAAGAAAACGAAAUUUUUGUGGCUGCUACUUUAUAUUUUUAGGGCACAAAGAACAAGAACUCUUUGCCUUUGGUGAUGCUGAUCCUGAUCCGGAAAAAGACUUUUUACCGUCGAUUCACAUGACGAUGAUGAUGAUGAUGAUCAUCCUGAUGAUCCGCACGAGCGAGGAGAACCUGUCAUGCAAAAUAUGCUUAAACUGAGAUGCGGAAAAGGCAAAGGGACCAGCUUCAGAGACGUUGUACCCAGAAGAUUUGUAAAAAUACUGAACAGCAACAAACAAAAGCCGUGGUCAUCUGUUAUCACAGAAAAAACUGCAUUUUCUACGCAUGACACGGGUGUGCUUUUCAUUUUCUGCAGGAUACAUCACCUCGUUCGACGGCGUGGCAAGGUCGUACCCUGUGUAAAAACGUCCUCACCCCAUUAUACAUGGAAUUUGUAAUGCUAAUUUCGAAUAUCCUAUUUGUUUGUGAUGCUAAUUUCGAAUAGUAAUAUUAGACUCAAGUCAAGAUAUCAGUUUUGCUACACAAGCCAAGAAGUUUAUUUGGGCGUUGCGCAUUAUGUUGAAGUGUAGACGGGUUUAGCUUCUAGUGCGAUCAUCUCAUCCUGCAUAUAGCAUGACAACUUCCCAUGAUCCUCAGGUAGCACUAGAAAAGGCUCCUCAUGUUGUCGGGGCGGCGCAUGAGAAAUAUUUUGGGCAUGAUGCAGACUUGCAUGUUGCAUGACAGCAAAAAUGGGGUGGGGACGUUUUUUCUGCGGAUAGGUCGCAAACCGGAAACAUCGACGAGUACAACAAGUCCCACAAGUGGCGCCGGACCCUAUCACGCGCAAAUAUGUCUCGGGCUGGAAAUUUGUGUUGCUGGUACUCGCAUCGCAGAGUAGUACAUAUUAACAGCAUCUUGUUGUUAAUAAAUUUUGCGAGACUUAGUUAUAAUUAUUGCAGACCCAUUCGUUGUAAACACAAGACGCAUGACAAACAGGCUCCCAGGACGAGAAAAAUGCUGGCGACUCAUAUCUUCCAUGCAUCACAGAUGAUCGUCCUGGCAUCUUUCAAAUCUGGCAUAAGAAAUUCAGACCCAGCCAUUUUUGCGAUGCAUAGACCCACCCCUUGCACCACUUGGCUGCGGAGGAGUCGGACGUCACCAAAUGGGCCUUCCCGGCCACCUCGGAUAUCAAAUGUAAAAAUGUCUGGGUCUGGAAGGUUGGAAGACUUGUCAUGCGGGUUUUCCAUGACGCGUGAGGUCUGUAAUAGAUACAUGACCCAGCAUGACAGAUUCUUCUCGACCCCUAUCAUGCCUCGUCUGCAUGAGAAACUCCCUCUCAGUUUGGUCAAAAGAGGAGAGCUUUUGGUAAUCAUGCAACACAGAUUUUUGCGCUAUCGAGAAUUAGCAUGACAAGUUGCAUUCUUCCAGACCCAGACAUUUUUACAAUCCAUAUCGGACUAAAGAAAACAAACAAAUGUUUUCUGAGAAAAAUUGAAGCGCCUGUGCGCAGAAGACGGGACCACUGUCGUCCUCUUCUCGUUCUUGUAGGAUGAGAAAAAACAAAAAGUAUCAAAGAGCGUGCUGUUUCCCCAUUUUUUCCUCGGAACGACGAUGAAAGUAAUUCCUUUGCAAACAUUUCAAAAUGUCUCGUUUCUUUUCCUGUCUUCGAUAUUGGCAUUAUGGAAGGAAGACGAAGAAGCAGUUUGUCUUCCAAAGCCAGCACCGCUGCGAAAGCAAGCCGAUCGUCUUCGUGCGGGCGGUACAGCAGAGUAGUACGAAAACAAAAAGCCGAGAAAAUGAUCCUUUUUCCAGAAGAGCCGGUUGACGUCGCUGCUAUGAACGAUUGUUGUAUAUGAGUGUAUGUGUAUCACAAACCGAUCAUAGAUCCACAUUAGUUUUGUAGCCUGGAGAACAGUAUCAGAAGCUUGCCCCCGCAAUUGCAUAAAUGCAAAAAUGAAUAAAAGGGCGCAACUGAGCCAAAAAGAUCUGUAGUUUUUCACGACGAGUAGCACGACGCUUCAUUCUACUGUCCAUGAACAGAUUUCUUGAUUUCUCUGCUCAUUUAUUUUUGCAUUGAAAGCAAUCGGC